AUGGCCGAGUUUAGGGUCACCCUGGAGAACGUCAUGAACUGGACCUUUGACUACAACCUAACCGACAAUGAAGGGAACUACUCCUACGAGGAUUAUCUGUGUCCUCAGGCGGAGGACAGCCCCAGGCAGUCCUUUCAGAGUGUCCUGGUGUCCUCCGUCCACCUGCUGAUCUUCCUGCUUGGUGGCCUGGGCAACCUUCUGGUGAUGGUCAUCCUGUGGCGCUACAGACGCUCCCGCACUUCCACAGAGCUCUUCCUGCUCCACUUUGCCCUGGCCAACCUGCUGCUGCUGCUCACCUUCCCCUUUGGCGUGGUGGAGAGCUUGGCAGGCUGGGUCUUUGGCCUCUUCCUCUGCAAGCUGCUGAGUGCUGCCAACCGGAUGAGCUUCUACAGCAGCAGCCUGCUGCUUGGCUGCAUCAGCGUGGACCGCUACCUGGCUGUGGUCUGCGCCCUGCAGACCUUCCAGAAGCAGCGUGGUUUCUCCAUCCACCUGACCUGCCUGGGCAUCUGGCUGCUCUCCUUUCUACUGGCCGUGCCUGACCUACUCUUCACAGAGGUCUGGGCCCAAAGCCAUAACCUGAGUGUCUGCCACUUCAGGGAGUAUGGCACACAUGGCAUCAACUCCUGGCUGGCCAAGCGCUUCCUCUACCACCUGGUGGGCUUCUUCCUACCAUUCGGGGUCAUGUGCUAUUGCUACACAGCCAUCGUGAGACUCCUCUGCCAGUCCCAGCGGCUCCAGCGGCAAAAAGCCGUGAAGGUGGCCAUUGCGGUCACAAGUGUCUUCCUGCUUUGCUGGACCCCUUACAAUGUGGUCAUCUUCUGGGACACACUUGCCAAGCUGGAGGUCACAGGGAAGUCCUGUACGCUUGAUCAGGGGCUGAGCAGUGCCAUUGUUGUGAGCGAGGUGCUUGCCUACAGCCACUGCUGCCUGAAUCCUAUCCUCUACGCCUUCGUGGGCAUCCGGUUCCGCCAUGACUUUUGUCGAAUCCUGUAUGACGUGGGCUGUCUGAGUCAGGGGACCCUGCAGGAGAUUCUGGGCACCUGCAGAAUUGAGAGCAGCACGGAGACCAACAUCUCCAGUGUUCGGCACGGGGCCUCCUCCUACUCUGGAAAUGCUACAUCUUCCAGUCUGCCAGAUCGGUUCACUUCUCACAAGGACCCAAAUAGCCAAGAGUGUCAGGAGGAAGGCCUGGACCUGGCAGGCCCAAAAUAA